AUGGAACAAAAAAAUAAUUUAAAGGAAAAGAGAAAUCGUGGUGAUAAUUGGUCGCAAGAAGAAAAGGAAGUGUUUUUGGAAAUAAUGCAGCAGUCUGCGCCUAUUGUAGAGAAUAAGCUCUCCGACACAAAUUCCAACAAAAAGAAGAAUAUGGAAUGGAUCAUGAUUCAAAGCAAACUUCAAGAACUCACUGGCAAAAAAAGAGACAUUGUACAAAUUAAAGGUUUUUGGAGAAGAAGUAAGAUAGCAGCAAAGAAAUCUGUCUCUCUGCAUAGGCGUGCUAUUAAUAUAACAGGUGGUGGUCAGAAGCCACCGUCUCCUCCACCAUCAGACCUUAAAAUUAUGGAUUUGUGUCCAAUUGAACUUGUUAUGGACAGUAAUGAGUUUGAAAGUGACACAGCUGUUCAGAUUACUUGUGUUGAUCAACAAAAUGUGUCGUUUGUGGACAAAGUUGUCACAGUUGCUGAUGUACACAAUUAUGAGAUCAACAAAACUUGUGAUAACGUAAUGGUGCCUCCAAAAGGGGUCAGAGAGGAAGCAAAGACGAAGCCUCAAAAGAAAACAGUGAAUCAUAACAGCAAAUCGUCUUUAAUUGAGGCAAAUCUAGAAGUAAAAAAACUGUCUAUUGCUCUGUUCGAAGAAGAAUAUAAACUGAAAAUAGAAUUUCAGAAACGAGAAUUAGCCCACCAGGAACAGCGGCAAAAAAUUGAAAUUGAUCUACUUAUGAUGGAAAAAGAAAAGAAGGCAUUAGAAAUACAAGAUUAA